CAGCAGAUAAUUAGUAUAUUAUAUCAGCAGUGUCAGUCAACACUAAACUUUGUUGAGAGAAUGUGGUUUAAACAUAAUCUAAACUAAUUUUUGUUGACAUGUUUGUGAUCUAACCUCAGAGGAUAACAGUGUCAGUGAAAUUUAAAGAUUUGCUUGAGGAUAAUUUACACAACUAAACUUCAAUGUCACGACUCCGAGUAAUCACAAACAGAGUGAUGCCCUGGAUAGCAGCAAGUGGCCGAUUGGGUAAAGCGAAAGUGAAGUUUCUGAGGUGUAUAUUUGACGACGGUUCAUCAGCUAAGCAGUCAAAUCUGAAAGACUUCACCAACCUUGUAGAAAAUCUGAUAGAAACAAGAUUCUUGGAGUACAAUUGGGAAGAUGCAGAAUAUAUGUAUGCUGGAGCUUUAGACAGAGCUGCAGGACCUCUCUUGGAAAAUGGCGAGAAGGUUGAAGAAAUCAAUCAUUUCAAAAAUAAACUUAAGAAUAGUCUUAUGUAUUUCAAAAGUAUUUUAACUGUCCAAGAACCAAUGGGUGUCAUUUGUCAUGGUGACUUCUGCAGGAAUAAUGUUCUUUACAAAUAUGAAAAUGGUAGUCCAGUAGAUAUUAGGUUCUUUGACUUGGCUACUGCAAGAUAUGGGUCUCCUAUGCUAGACUUCACUUUCUUCUUUUUUCUAAAUAGUUCUGAGAAUUCACGGAAACUUUACAAAGAUGAGUACCUAAAAAUCUAUCAUGACUCCCUCUCAGCAACCAUUCCUGGAUUGAAGGUUCCUUCUUUAGAGGAUUUCAAAGAGGAAUUUCGUCGCAAAGCUGUAUAUGGGUUUAUAAUCUGUUCGUUCUUCAAGCCAGCCUGUAUGGAUCCUGUACCUUUUGAUCCAAUAAAAGAGUCACGAAAACCAUUGGAAGUGCGAGCAAGCAGAAGUCUCAAUAAUGGAGGCAAAAAGGCAACUGAAGUAACUGCCAAUAUGUUGCGGGAGUUGAUUGACUUAAAAUGUGAAAUAUAAUAUAAGCUUAGUUCACAUAUUGCAGUUGUUUGUUGUAUACCAAGAUAAAUUAUGUUUGUUCCAGAAAACUGUGUUUUUGUUUAAACACAUCAAAUUAAUAAAACUUUUAAUGAUUUGAAA